AUGAUAGAGGGUCUGAAGCCGGAGACAAAACGACGCGUUCUGAACAUGCACUAUUACAUGCCACCAGACUACCGCGUCGUCGAGCUCAUGACCGACGGAGAAACCGACGAGACCAUCUUCCCAUUCCUCUAUCAUAAGCUUGAGGAGAUCAAGUUUCACCCCUACAUCGCACAGAAAGAGUCAACGGGCUUCAUAUACAACCGUCUCUGGGCUGCCAUCAAGCGAGAGGUUCUGAACAUCCUUGCAGAAGAGGUCUCUACUCCAGAGGAGAUCGAGAAACUCUGGAGGGAGAUGUGGUAUGCUAAGGAGAAGGGACCUGUUGCGAUGAUGGACGCUAUUGGUCUUGAUACUGUGUCUUUUAUUGAGCAGCAUUACAUUGCUGAGCGUGGUUUGCCUGAUACGCCUGUCAAGUUUCUUCAGAAGUACAUUGAUGAAGGCAGAUUGGGAGCCAAGUCUGACAAGGGAGGGUUGCUCCCCCCAAGCAAGCUUGUCAACUCCGAUCAUGAAAUCUCGCUCUACUUCUUAGACAUUGGAUUGUCAAGUGGGAACGCAAAGGAUUGUGUCUCAGCUGGUCGCGUGUUGCUGGGUUCAAGUGAUGCGAAGCCCAUGAAGACACUCGUCUCAGGCCAGCGCAUGCCUGAUGGUAUCGACAUCUCAAAGUCCGCCGGAAAGCUGUUCUGGACUUGUAUGGGCAAUCCUUCGUCCAACGACGGUGCUGUUCUCAGUUGCAAUCUCGAUGGUACGGAUCUUAAGGAGAUUGUCCCCCAAGGUCUGGUUCAUACACCAAAGCAGCUGACUGUCGAUAACAAGAACUCAAAGCUGUACUUUGCUGAUCGUGAGGGAAUGCGGAUCAUGAGAUGCAACUUUGAUGGCUCUGACCUCGAAACCCUGAUCCAGACUGGUGACUGGCAGGUCGAUGAGCAUAUGCUAGACCCUACAAGAUGGUGUGUCGGCAUCACCGUGUCGCCUUCCACUGGCAAGUUUUACUGGACACAGAAAGGCCCAUCCAAGGGAGGGAAGGGUCGUAUCCUUCAAGCCAACAUUGACUUUCAGCCAGGCGAAGAUGCAAAGACCAGGACAGAUAUCGAGGUACUGUUCCAAGGCUUACCAGAACCUAUUGAUUUGGAGGUCGACGACGAUGAGAACGUCCUCUACUGGACGGAUCGAGGCGAGCUGCCGGAUGGUAACACCAUCAACCGCGCCAAGCUAGAGGCAAUUAGCAAGGUGACUCACGAUGGUGCAAGCAAGCCAGUCAUUGAUUACGAGGUUCUUGCUCGGGGAUUACACGAGGCCAUUGGCAUCAAGCUUGACUCCAAGAAUUGUCGUCUCUUUGCCACGGAUUUGGGAGGCUCGGUGUACCAGUUUGAUAUGGAAGGAGGUGACAGGAAGAAGGUAUAUGAAGGGUCUGGAGCGUUUGUUGGCAUUACUGUGGCGUAG